GCUGAACCUCCACCAGCUGAUUUAAAGAUCCUGUUGCCUUUAUUCUCCUAUGUAAGAGGCGAUCAAUGAGCCCGAUCGACGACGAUACAGCCCCUCCUCCUCCGAUAAACGCUUUUCUCUGCACACAUUAACCAGUCUGUGCUCAGAUUUGUUGGCCACAGAAUCCAGUUGUUCCCGUCGGGCAGGUUGCAGCGGUGAAAGCAGAGGGAGGGCCGGCGGCGGCUGAAAGAGGAGGAGAAAGCUAACAGAAACCAAAGAUGACUGUUUGAACAACAUGGAUCCAGCCAAGCCCAGCUCUUCUUUAAAGGCUCUGAACUCUGGAUCAGGACACGAGGUUCUGAUGGACGAGCUCAGAGACCUGCUGGAUGCAGACAGACCGAAGGACGCUGAGUCCAGAGAGACGGACGCUGUAAACGGAACCAUAGCCGCAGAACCCAACCAGAACCACCGGGGGUCAGUAGACCGACUCAAGUUCCACACGCUGGGAUACCAGCGGAGAACCAAGCAGAAGGUGGUGAGGGACUUCACCUCGGUGAGUAAAGGAUCUUCAGCAGGAACCAAACCCAGAGCGGCGCUGAGGCAGGUUCUGUUCAGCCAGGGAGCCAAUGAGAAGCCGUCUGAGGAUCGAGGGCAGCUGGACGUGUUGAAGCAGGAGCUGGAGGCCUUCGCUGUUCCUGUCAGCCUGAGGUGGACGUGGCAGGAGGAGAACCGAGGAACCUCUCUGGAGAACAACUGGACUGACCUAGUCCGGUCUCAUGCUACCAUGUCCAGGAUGCAGAGACACCAGCAGGAGGCGCUGUGGGAACUGAUCCACACUGAGCUGAGCUACAUCAACAAGCUGCUCAUCAUCAGAGACCUGGUCAUUGCUGCUCUGGAGAACCUGCAGCUCAAAGGGUUCCUCCUGGAGGUGAGCCCCCAGCUGCUGUUCUCCAACCUGCCCUCCAUCAUCAAAGCUCAUCAGCUGUUCUGGCAGCAGAUCAUCUUCCCGAUGCUGCAGGAGGUCCGGAGGUCCGGAGAACCCUUUGACCCGCUGAGGCUGGAGGCCGGCUGCCUGCAGUUCCACGAGCGCUUCUCGUCCUAUCAGCUCUACUGCUGGGAGGAAGAGAACAACCUGGAAUUCAGCCGGCGGCAGACCGAGAGCAACGCCCACUUCCUCACCUACGUCCAGUGGGUGGAGACUCACUCCCAGUGUGAGCGGAUGCGACUCGGGGACAUGCAGGCUAAACCCCACCAGAGGAUCACCAAGUACCCGCUGCUGCUGAUGGCCGUGCUGAAGAACAGCCAGGACCCCCACAUACAGGACGCAGUCCGAGGCAUGCUGACCAGUGUGAACAGCUUCCUGGAGAGCAUCAACGACUACCUCCGGCUGAAGGAUGAGGAACUUGCUCUGUCCAUCUCAGCUCAGAGGGUCGAGGGCUACGAGGUGGAAGGAAUCAGCGAGGAGAUCGACAAGCACGUCAGAGAACUCUGCAGGUUCGACCUCACCUGUCCGAUCAGAGGAACCGGACCUGACGUGGUCCGGAAGCUGCUGCUGGAGGAGAACCUGAAGGUCCGAGGCAGGAAGGACAGUAAGCUGGAGGUCGUGGCUCUACUGUUCUCUGAUGUUCUUCUACUGACCAAAGUGCAGAAGAAAGGAGAACGUCUGAAGAUGGUCCGACCUCCGGUGGCCCUCGACAGAACCAACUGCAUCGCUCUGAAAGACGGCUAUUCUUUUGUUCUGGUGGAGGUUGGAGAGCUCCAGAGUGUCAUGAACGUCCUCAUCCUGGUCUCCAGCACCUCAGAGAGCUGCUCCACCUGGGUCUCCACCAUCCACCAGGCCAAGGGAACUCUAAGGAACCUGAGGCAGAAGGAGAACAACAAGCUGGAGAAUCUGAAAAUACACCAACCAGAGUCCAAAGCAGUUCCAGAUCUGAAGAUAGACGAUGUGGAGACAGAAGGAGAAGAAGAACCUGUCAGACGUCCAUCAGGAACGUUUGUGAAGAAGCUUACUGAUGAACUGAUAACUCCGUCAAUAAACGGGUCCAAAGAGGCAGAACCUCCAGACGAGGUUCCCUCUAAAGACACCGGAGCACCGUUCUGGCGCUCCCAGUCCAGCAACAGUCUCCGUAAAAAAGAACAGAACCGCAUUUUGGUUCGACAGGAGGACUUCAGAGGGUGUGAGUGGAUAGAGAUGGGAGUGAGAGGAGAGCUGAGGAACCAACAGGAGGACGAAGCAAGAGUGGUCGAAUCUCAGAUAACAAAUCAGCCAAAUGUGACCUGGAACCACCAAGUCCAAUCUGCACCGAACCUGAACCAUUUCACCCACAGAACCGCUGCACAUCCAGUGAAAUACAACACAACUGCAACACACCAGCUGAUGGUUGGAGCUCUUCCAGAUGUGGACUACCCAACAGAUGAAAACACUUCACAGCUUCAUCACCAGCCAGCAGCUUCCAGGGAGAUGAAUCCUCAGUCUGGAGAUGUGGAAUCAUCUCCAGACGCCUGGAGCUUCUCCAAGAACCUUCGGUCUCCAGGGUUACGGAGGAAGAGGCUGGUCAACACCAGUCACAGUCCAUCAGCUCGGAUGUCCAAUCGGUUCGUCCAGAGACAGACCUGGACCUCCUCCAACAGCUACCUGUCCUCCAACUCGGACUCAGAGUCUAACCUGAGCAUGAAGAGGAACUCGUUGCCCUCCAGCAGCUCAGAAACACAUCGGGUUCUGAAGCUGAGCUCCCUGAAGCCCAAGCAGGGGAUGUUCUGGAACGUGACCGACAGAACCUCUGCAGAUCUACACAUCAACUCUGAACCGGAGCUGCCAGAUCGGAACCUCCAGACCGAGAGGCCCAAAAUGAAGACCCAGAGAAGCGCCUCCAUCCCCAACAUCAUCAUAGAAAGAGGACUCCAUCAGCCCUCUGGCAGCCUGUUUGCUCCUCAGCAUCCAGAGGACACACCUACUCCUGGAUACAACUGUAGCAAGCAGCCCUCACCUCUGAAGGGCCUCCUGGAGAGAGCCAGGGACAGGGACCGGGGGGCAAUAAAGAGGGACAGGAAUGUCAAGACGGUCCAUCCCAGGUCCAGGUAUCCUCCAUCACCUUCCUUCUCCACCACACCUUCUCCUCCACCAAGCGAAGGAGACCGAGACACUGAAUGGCAGGAGGUGGAGCUUCAGAGACACCGAGCUUUAACCGUCAGCAAAGGAUGGAAGGAACAGCUGGUGGACGGAGACGAAGACGACAAGAGGAACAGCGUGAUGUUUGCGGACGGUGUGAACGUCGACUGGUCCGGCUGGUGCUUCGACGAUGACGAGGUCAUAGCUUAUCUUCAUCCCGGACACGAAGGUCUUCUGGAGGAAAUCAGCCGAUCACUGGUGCUGUGGAACCUGGAGGAACCUUUUGAGGAAGGAGAGUGUUGUCAGGUGUAGAAACCUGAAGUUAAAACUCAAACUAGCUGAUGGACUGCAGUUUCCACACAACAAACUGAACAUAAAUCUGUAAUUAAUGUAAAAUAGUACAGUAUUUUUUUAGUGUUUUUCUAAAUCGGUGUGUUUUAUUUAUAUGUGAGAUGAAGCCCAGAGGGAUUCAGACUGUAAAUAACAAAUUAAACCAGAUUUAUUUCUG